AUGAUGAUUAUGAAUCGAAUGGAGAACAAUAGGAGAGGAGAUGAAACGAGAGUUAUAGUAUUAUUGUUACUGUUUUUCACGCUAAGCACAUGUUUAGUUCAAGGCUAUGUAGAUACAAUAUGUCCUCCACAAGAGCUCAUUUUGCCAUGCAGAUGCUCACAAAAAGGUUCCGAGCUACAAAUUUGGUGCUCGCAUUCUGACCUGCCACGAGUCUUGAAUGGAAUCAAGUCAACAUCAAAAGCAAUUAAUCGUCCCAUUGAUGAGCUCAUUUUGGAAAAUAAUUUCCUCCCAUCACUUCCCGGUCGAGCUUUUGCACAGUUACAAAUUACACGAUUGAUGUUGAGACAUAAUGGCUUGGAAAGAUUAUCUUCAGGAUGGCUUAAUGAUGUUGAGAAUAAUUUAGUUGAAAUUUUUAUUGUCGAAAGAGGCUUACGGAGCAUUCCGAUUGACAGUUUAUAUGGAUUAAGGAACUUAGAGGCUAUAACAAUUCAAAGUGAAAGUAUGAAGAGAUGUCCUGAAUUUUCUGGUCUUUUAAAGCUGAGAUACAUUAACAUUGAAAGCUCAUCCUUAAUUGAGUUAUCUCCACUUGGAUUCCGUGACUUGCUUGGAUUAGAAUCUGUAACAAUUAAUGGCAAUAAAGGACUUACGAGGCUAGAAAGUCAAUUAUUUACAGACUUGCCAAAACUCAAAGCAGUAAAUUUACAAAACAACGGAAUUGCAUGGAUUCAUCUAAGGACAUUCUCUUCCGGACUUCAAUCACUACAAACACUUGAUAUAAGCCGUAAUCGUAUCAUAGAUGCUGGAAUGGUUGGACGCGCAAUUAAAGAUUUGCGAAAUUUGGAAGUGCUUAAUUUAAGUCAUAAUUUUAUUGAGGUUUUAACUGAGGCAAGUUUCGUUGAUUUACCAAGCUUAAAAGAGCUCAGACUCGAUCACAAUCUCUUACAAGAAUUACAUCAUGGAGCAUUUCAUCGUGUACCAUCUCUUAAAGUCGUUCAUUUGGAAAAUAAUCGCUUGCGGCAUGUUCAUCCCGAAUCAUUUUUGAUGUCAUCAGGUCGUGGGAUUGAAAUCAUUUAUAUCCAAAAUAAUGAUAUUGAGAGAAUUGCAGAAGUACGAUCAAUCCUUGAUGCCUUACCAACACUUCGAUAUCUUGACUUGAGCAAUAAUAAGUUGACGGAAAUUCCUUUUGGUGCUUUGCAUGGUCAUGGAACGUUGGAACAAUUACAGUUGGAUGACAAUCAGUUGAGAUUAAUUGAACGAGAUGCUAUUAUGGCAAUGCCUUCACUCAGAGAAUUGAGAUUGAGAAAUAAUAGCUUGACAGAUUUACUUCCAAUGCCGUUUUGGAACUUACCUGCUCUUAAAGGCCUUGACGUAUCCUUUAACAAAUUCAGACGAUUGGAACCGAUUUUCUUCGUCGGACUUCCUUCAUUAAGACGAUUUGAUAUCAGUGAAAAUUCCCUAUCCUACAUUGAUCAGAAUGUCUUCAAGAACUCUCCAAUGCUGGAAACAGUCAACAUCUCAGUAAACGAACUCUCAUCAAUUGACCGUAACACUUUUGGAUCUCUGACUAAUCUCUUUGAAUUGGAUGCAAAUAACAACAAUUUAAAGGAAAUGAUUUCCGGUCUACCGCGCGCAAUUGAAAGGGUCAGCAUACGAAACAAUCAAAUCGUAAAUCUUGCAGCAACACCACACACAUUUGAUCUUCCGAAUCUCCGCAUGAUUGACUUGAGUAGCAAUGGAUUGUCACAUGUUCGUCAAGUUUUUACAAGAAGCCCUCAAUUGAGGGUGAUUCAUUUGGCAAAAAAUAAAUUGACCUCAAUCGACGAGACUAGCUUUUUGGGACUUAACCAUCUAGAGCAAUUGAAUCUUCAAGAUAAUAUGAUUAAUUCUAUGCAUGAAAUGAGUACGGCUGGAAUGAGUAAUUUGAUUGAGUUGAAUUUACAAGGCAAUCGUUUACAAAUAUUUCAUGACAAAAUACUUGAUAAUACACCAAACAUGGAACGACUCGACUUAUCACGAAAUAAUAUAAUUGAGGUCAUGCCGAAUGCAUUUCGUAAAUCCAGAUCACUACAGAAUUUAGAUUUGUCUGGAAACUCAUUGAAAGAAUUGCCUGAAAGUCUCGAUAACUUGGCUAAUCUAAAAGAUAUUGAUGUCAGUUUUAAUAAUAUUGGACUUUUAGACCCAGAAGUCAUUAAAUCAUGGAGAAAUUUAGAAGAAUUCAGAGCAUCAAAUAAUAAAAUUAAAGAAAUUGUUCAAGAAAGCUUUAAGAAUCUCCCGAACUUGCAAUACAUUGAUCUUUCAAGCAAUGAUAUAGCCACGAUUCAUCGAAGUGCUGUAAGAAACUUACCAGAAUUACAGGAAGUAGUUUUGGCUGAUAAUCGACUUGCUGAAUUGAGGGAAAGAGCUUUUGAAGAUCUACCAAACUUACAAGCUGUUCAUUUACAACAAAAUAAUUUGAGAAUGGUAUCACCAGAUACCUUUUAUAACUCUCCAUCUAUUUUGUAUUUGAACUUAUCAACUAAUCAAUUCCGUCAUUUGGAAAACUUAAACUUAAGAAAUGUUAAGAAUUUGGAGGUGCUUGAUCUGUCAAACAAUGAAAUUCGAAGAGUUUCUUCUCAUCCAUUAAGAGGACUCGAUUGGCUUGUUGAGUUGAAAUUGAAUGAUAACAGGAUUUGUAAGAUCCAGGGUGAACCAUUUUCAGCAAUGCCUAGGUUACGAGUUCUCAAUUUAAGGAACAACAGAAUGGGUCGUUUGCAUGAGACUAAUUUCAGAAAUCUUAGGAGCAACAUUGCCAUUCUAGAUGUCGAAGGAAAUCCAAUUGACUGUUCUUGCGAUACUUUGUGGCUUAGAGCAUGGCUUCAAGAAUCAAACUCAUUACCUGGACCGAGCUGCCGUGAUGGAACAAGGUUACGAGAUUUAGAUUUAAACAGACAGAAUUGCAACCCAGAUCCUGAUCAAGUAUCAUUAACAAAUGAGCAUGGUGACAUGUUCUUAAGAAGCAAUGAUUUUGAUGAUUGUGGACCAAUAAGUGGUGAAGGAUAUGAAGAAUUCCCACCAAAUAUUCAACCAUACUAUAACAGCAAUCAAAGACCAUCUCCAGCGGAGAGUGACUACUUUUAUGAUCAAUAUGUAGAUUUCCCAAUUAAUGACACAAUCAACAAUUCAUUGAACAGUUCAAACUUGAGACUUAAUCAAACAAAUUCACCUUAUAUUGACUUUAAUCAAAAUAAAUUUACACUUAAUCAAUUCCCACCAACACCACCACAACCGACUUCAGCAUUUACAUUUUUCGGACAGCCAUUGCCAAGUUUGAAUAUUGGAAAUAUUUGGGGACAAGGAAGAACUGCUAAUACACGUGCAACAUCUGGAGAAAUGGGACCAACACGUGGAAAAGGAAGAGUUCAAAUAUUCAAGCCAGGCGAUCCGGAACUUCAAGUUCUUUUCAAUCGACCAAAUAAUGAUUUAGGCUCAGUUGAUUCUAAGAUUCGUGAACCAGCAGCUUCAAUUAAAAAUCCAAUCGUCAAUCCACCACUGAACAAAAUAGAAGAAAAGCUUUACAGACCAUUUUUCCAAACUCCAUUCUCACAGCCCAAACUUGAAUAUUCAAAAGAGUCACAUGACAAAGGAUUCUCACAGCCUAAACCAGAAAAAGGAUUCUCACCAAUGAUUCCAGGUGUUAGCGUGGGAGGAUUCAUUCCAAUUGAUGACCCAGCUGUUAAAAAUGAAAGUGUAAAAAUCCACAAAGACAAUAGGUAUGAAGAAAGCACGACAAAAUUGAAUGUGGAAGAGGAAAAUAUUUUGAAGCAAGUUCCGCUCGUGACUAAAGCUGAUUCAGCGACGAAGCGAACAAUAAUAAAGACCCCGGAAAAUUAUAUAGCUCAAAUUGAAAAGGUUGUCCUAGAUAAGGUUGGAACUACAACAACAAGAAGUCACUUGACAACAUCCAUUUCUCCUAUUUUGUCGACACUUUAUCAGAAACCUGAAUUGAUCACUGAGAGAUCACAUUUUGAGGAAUCAACGACAAAUGAUUCGGAAAGUGAAGAAUCCUCCCAUGAGAAUGUCCCGCAGAAUAGCAAUAAAUACGAUAAAUUUAGCAAGUUCGAGGAACCAGUGCGAUCACAUUCUCAAAAUGAACAAUUCCGAUCUAAUACUCAAAAUGGUCAGGUUCGAUUAAAUAAUUCAAAUGAUCAAUUUAAAUCCAGCACCAAAAAUGAACAAUUCAGAUCCAAUAUUCAAAAUGAACAGUUUAGAUCCAAUACUCAAAAUGAACAGUUAAGACCCAAUAUUCAAAAUGAUCAAUUUAGAUCAAACACCCCAAUUGAUCAAGUAAGAUCACAUUCAGCAGAAAUAAUUCGUUCAAAUACCCCAGAAAUAAUUCAUACAUCUACAUAUCCAUCAAGUACAUCAACAUUUAACUAUCAGACAUCUACAGUUACUUCUACAACUACAGCAUCGAUUGAGACUUCAUCCACAGAUUCACACAUCAAUGAUGAUGAAAAUGGAAGUUCUGAACUGUCAGCAGAUCACUUAAUAGCUCCAGGAAGUAUAAUAACACAACAUGAUGUGACCAGCAAUAAACCAACAUUGUCAAUUUCUAAACCAGGAAAGAUUACAAAAGUUUUCACACCCGCACCACCCAUAUCCAACAGUAAUGAAAUUUCAAAACUAUUGAGUCCAUUUUACUCACAACAACAGUCAACGGAACCGGCAAAUAACUAUGACAAUGAGUUUCAACCAAAUAAUAAUGUUUAUCAUAAAACAUUUGACGACGACAGAGAGAUAAGCUCAGAGAAAUCAACUGGACAGUAUGAGCGUGAAGAUAUGCAAUGGUACUUCCAAAAUUACCACAACCAAACACAUUCAAGUCCAAUUUUAAAUUACAAUUUACAACCAUAUGAUAAUAGCGCCUAUAACUCAUCACCUGUUUUAAGUUUAUCAUCUAAAUUGAUAGCCCUGAUUGUGAUAACAUUUUAUUUUUCGUUUUAG